AUGUCCCGACCAAGGGCUGUGCGCGAUGAUCUCUGGAUUGAAGAAGAUGCCAAAGUCAAUGUUGACUAUCUUGCACAUUCCUGGACGUAUGAUGAGAUGUGGGCUACUAGAAAACAUGUUCGCCAGAUAAACCAGCACAGUCUUGUUAGAUGUCGAUUCGAAAAUGCUCUUUGGAGAGCAUGGCUGGCUUCUACCAGGCAGACUAUUCGCAUGCCAGCAGCGUUUAUCUCAUGGGACAAAGAUAGCGACAUUACCUGGCUCUACGGCCCACUGAAGUCUAGCAGAAGCCCCAGUCCAACACCGAGCGAGGCACCCCCAACACAAGCCCCCAGGAAGCCCUCCCUGAAGCGAAAGCCCAGCAUUUGGGGACUUUCAGAGGAGGCUCCAACAUCCAAUGACUCUACAGACGGAAAGUCUCUACUUGGCCGAUUCUGGAACAUAACCAUCCAUUCAGUCCCUAGUAUAAUUCUCAGCUCGCGCGAAAACUGGAACAAGCGACGAAAAUGCCGCGUUAGAUUCGAAGAAGAGGUACGGCAAUACCAGUACGCGCGUGAUGGAAACACAUUAUCGCAGUACAGCUACAACUACAACUAUCCUUAUUUCUUGGAAGAAGCUGGAUUGUAUGGAAGCUAUCAGUACCAGCAGACUAUUGAACCACUGCCAUCAACAUUCCUCACUGGCUACGAAACGCUUCCUUCACCAGACUCCGGCCGGUAUUAUUCUAUGUCAAAUUUCCUUGAGGAGCUGGAGUAUGUCCUCUCUGCCUUUGCUCAUUGGCCUUCUAUUCCGCCUAGAGUUACAUGA